AGGGAGGAGGUGGUUAGAGGAGACGAGAGGAGGCAGCAGCUGCAAACUCAAGUAAAGCUCACCCCCACAGCCACCACCACCACCACCACAGAAUGUGAUUGCGACUGUGAUCCACCAUCUUUCACAGUAAGCAAAGCCACUGCGAGAUCGAUCCAUCCACCCAUCUGUUAGUUCUUGACGCCAUUGCCGGAGCGCCGGAGCUCUGCUAGCUGCUGCACCGACACCCACUGCACCGGCCGCGCCAUUGUUUCUUUUCUUCAGCUCCAGCUCGGGGAGAAGCAGGGCAGCGAUGAUGGGCUCCAGAGCCAGUUUUGGCACGGCCGACGCCAGGACCAGCAAGGGCACGCCGCCGGUGACUGCGAGGCCGGCGGCCAAUGGUAUCCCGCGGCACGCGGCAGCGCGCGCCGCCGAGAGGUCCCCGGCAUCGACGGAGAAGACGUCGUCGCCGUCGGCUGACCGCCGCUCGCCCAAGAUGGCCUCCCGGGUCAACACGCCCCCUUCUGCCGAGUCGCCGCAGAAGCAGGGGAGUGCCGUGAAGAAGCAGUCCAUGGAGCUGCAGGCCCAGCUCGCCGCGAUCCAGGAGGAGCUCAAGAGCGCCAAGGAGCAGCUGGCGGAGAAGGAGAUGGAGCAUCACAAGGUCGCCGACGACGCCAGGAGGACGGCCGACGAGGCCAAUGCCAAGCUCCGGGACGCCCUCGCCGCGCUCAAGAAGGCCGAGGAGGCCUCCGAGACCGAGAUGUUCCGCGCCGUCGAGCUGGAGCAGACGAGCAUCGAGUCGGCGCAGAGGAAGCAGGAGCUCCAGAGGAGGCUGGACGCCACGCGGCGCCAGCAGGAGGCCGACGCCGCCGCACUGCGGUCGACGGUGGCGGAGCUGGAGGAGGCGAGGCUGGAGCUGGCCGACGCCAUCGACGCCAAGAACCUGGCGCUCGGCCAGGCCGGCGACGCCCUUCGAGCCAGCGAGGCGAGCGCUGCCAAGGUGGAGCGCCUCAACGCGGAGAUCAGCCGCCUCAGGGAGUCGUUCGAUUCCGAGCUCGAGAGCAGAGUGAAAGAAUCCGCCGAGAAGACCAGGAAGCUGGAGGCCGAGGCGUCGGUGCUAAGAAUCAAGCUCAAGAAAGCCAAGGUCACCGAGGAGAAGGUGGCCGAACUGGAAGCUGUGGUCGAAGGGCUUAGAGCUGAUGUCGCCAUUGCCAUCCAGGCCAGGAGAGACGCAGACGAGUCGGCCGCCGAAUGGAAGAAGAAGGCUGAGCUUUUGGAGAUCAAACUGGAGGUAGCCAAUCAGUCCAGCAUCCUCAAGGCCGAAUCGUUGAGCUCGGUGACGAUGGAAUUGAACACGGCCAAUGCUUCGCUGCAGGAGAAAGAGUCCCAGCUCUCACUUCUUCAGCGCAAGGUCGAGUCCUUGGAACACGAGGUGGUCAAGCAGAACGAAGACAUCAACGCGUCAGGCCAGCGCGUCGAUGCCGCGCAGAGAGAAGCAUCCGGCCUGAGGGCAGAGAUCCACGACCUCAGGUCGAGGCUUCGCGCGAUGGAACAGGAGAAGGCGGACGCCAUCAUCAACCAUGGAAGCUCCGCAAGCUCCCAGAUCGACGCCAUACGCGAAGAGAAGGAUAGGCUGGCCAGGGAGCUGGAACACAGCCGGGACGAAUGCGAGAAGGUUCGGGACGCCAUGGAGGAUCUCGCCUCCGCGUUGCAGGAGAUGUCCGCAGAAGCGAGAGAUUCGCGGGAGAGGUACCUGGGCAAGCAGGAGGAGAUCGAGCUUGCCCGGGCGCGGAUAGAGGAGCUCAGCGUGAGCCUCAACAACAGCAGGGAGCACUACGAGGUGAUGCUCGACGAGGCGAACUACGAGCGAGUCUGCCUGAAGAACAAGGUGGAGCAGCUGGAAGCGGAGGCCAAGAACUCAUCCGAGGAGCUGCGAUCCAAGGAGCUCAGCUUUGCUACCUCUGUCACGAACUCAGAAGAGGAGAUCGUGUCCAUGAGAAUUCAGCUCGGCAACGCAGCGCAGACGGCGAGAGACCUGGAGAAGAGAAAUGCCCAGCUCGAGCAGAAGCUCAGGGAGCUGGAAGAAGCUCAGGUGGCCGCAGCCAACAGAGGCAGCAGCAGAGACGCAAAGGCGGCGUGCAAACAGAACAAUGAACAGCAGCAAAAUGAUGGCCUGCAUGCCAAAGAAUCAUCAGCCGGUUCAGAGAAGAUCAGGGACCUGUAUUCGCUGAUCGGGAGUGACAGGGGAGACACGGAGAAAGAUGGCGCCCCGGUGUUGCUGGUUUCCAAGAUGUGGGAGAACAGCAAGAUCGCAGACUACAACCUGUCCAAGGAGAGGGACGACGGUGAGCCGGAAGCUGAUGCGCUGGACAGCACCAACAGAGACAGUGCGUCUGAUGGCACCACCCAUGGCAGAGCCAACAACAGCAACACGAAGCUGGUGAUCAAGCAGAACCAGCAAAAGAAGGCUCUGAUGAAGAAAUUCGGCGGCUUACUCAAAAAGAAGAGCCAGCAUUAGGUGAAUCCUCGUUCGAAUAAUUAAAGGGAGGAAAACGAAAUGCUUCAUGUAUGACUUGCAUAUGUGACUGUUUUUUUAUAUAGAUCAACAUAUUUUACGUCCUGCGGAGUUGCCAGGUGAAGUGACAGUGUAAGCUUCAGGAAGAAACUGAAGAAAUUGUGUAUUUGCUUCCCCUUUCCGGGUUA